CUUGGACGUCGACUGUAUAUUCGAUCUACAACUCGUCAAAUUUUCUCUCACGACGUUGUGAUUUCUCUCUGAUUCCGAAAAUACGUGACCCUUCUUCCAACAAUCAUCCUCGGUCAACACCCCAAUUCCGAAAGCGAACGACACAAUGGUCGCGGAAACGAAAUUGUACGACUCCCUCAGCGUCAAGCCUGAGGCGUCGCAGGAUGAAAUCAAAAAGGCCUACCGCAAGGCGGCUCUCAAGUACCACCCGGACAAGAACAAGGAUAACCCCCAAGCUUCUGAGAAAUUCAAAGAGGUCUCUCAAGCAUAUGAGGUCCUUUCCGAUCCCGAGAAACGAAAGGUCUACGAUCAGUUCGGCCUCGAGUACCUACUACGCGGGGGUCCCCCUCCCGGGCCCACCGGUGGUGCGGGCCCCGAGGGCAGCCCCUUCGGCGGCGGCGGAAUGCCCGGUGGAUUCUCGUUCGGAGGGAUGCCGGGUGGUGGUGGGGGUGGCGGUCGCACCUUCCACUUCUCGACAGGGCCGGGCGGCGGCGGCUCUGGCUUCCGGUUCAGCUCCGCCGACGACAUCUUCCGGAAUUUCGCCAAGGCCAGUGGUGGCAUGGGCGGCGGCGGCGGCGGCGGCGGCGGCGGGUUCGACGACGAUGAUAUCUUCUCCAUGUUGAACGGUGGUCUCGGCGGAGGUGGCGGCCCUCGCGCCCGCACCACUCGCGGCCCCGGUGGAUUCCCGCAGUCGAGUCGGCGGGGACCAACGCCCGAGCCCACGGUGGUGGAGAAGGAGCUGCCGCUGACGCUGGAAGAGCUGAUGCGCGGCACCACGAAGAAGGUGACGGUCAAGAGCCGGUCCUUUGACGCCAGCGGCAAGCGCACCGUGCAGGACGUGACCUUGGAGGCCAACAUCAAGCCGGGUUUGCGGACGGGCUCCAAGAUCAAGUACCGCGGGGUCGGGGACCAGGAAGAAGGCGGCCGUCAGGACGUCCAUCUCAUUGUGACAGAGAAAGAAAAUCCCAACUUCAAACGCCGCGGCGACGACCUCGUCACCACCGUCGAUCUCAGCCUCAAAGAAGCCCUCACCGGCUGGGACCGCAUCGUGCGCACCAUCGACGGCAAAUCCAUCCGGGUGUCGAAACCCGGCCCGACGCAGCCCGGCCAUGAGGAGCGAUAUCCCAAUUUGGGCAUGACGAUAUCGAAGAAGCCCAGCGAGCGGGGGGAUCUGAUCGUGCGGGUGAAUGUGAAGUUCCCCACGAGUCUGACUGCAUCGCAGAAGGAUAUCCUGAAGGAUGUUUUGACUUGAUCGUUUUUUAUUUCUUUCUUUUGUCGUGCUGGGUUUGUGUGAUUUAGGAGUAGCAUUGGAGUCGGCGUUAGGGAAGGGAUGAUGAUGAUGGUCAUGUAUAUUCUUAGAUCAGACGAAAAAAUAACCAAAGUCCUUUCAUAUGUUCA